AUGUCUGCUAUAGCGGACUCACCAACGAGAUCGACUAAUAACUCAUUCAUUAAUAGGUAUAUCCAAAAUCUAGAAAAUGAAGGCAGCCCACAAUUGAAACCUCUUUCUCCUUCAAAAUUAAAUUCUUCAUCGAAUUUAAACUUACUGAAAAGUAACCAAUCAUCGCCAAUAAAACCAACAAAAUUGGAUUCCCAGGUUCCUAAAUUUACUACAAAGAUAGAUUCACAUAGUAAAUCAGUACCACCUUUAUACUCGUCUAACGUCAAUCCUUCUGCUCAAUUCGAUAAAUCUACGUUGUCAAAAGAUGAAUUAAAGUACUACGAACUGCUUUGCCGUGUAGGUGAAGUAAAAUGUUGGAUAGAGGAGGUUAUUGGCCAAGAAAUUGAACCUGAAAUCGAGUUAUGUGCUGGUGAUGCGUUGAGGAAUGGUGUAUACCUUGCGACUGUUGCACAAAAAAUUAACCCAUCUCUGGUACCAACUGUCUAUCCUGCCGGUAAGAAGUUAGAGUUCAAACAUACUCAGAAUAUCAAUGCUUUUUUUACAUUGGUUGAUCACGUAGGUGUUCCAAAUUCUUUUAGAUUCGAACUACAAGAUCUAUACAACAAAAAAGAUCUUCCACAAGUAUUCGAAACCUUGAACAUAAUGAUUACUAUCAUAAACAAAAAAUGGCCAACAAAAACUCCAGGUUUAACAAAUUUAUCUGGCCAAUUAACCUUUACCAAGGAUGAUUUAAAGAAAUGUCAAAGAACUUGGCCAAGAAUCCGUGAUUUUAAAUCGUUAGCGGUAAGCCCAACUUCAUCUCCCAUUAAGAAAACUAAAGUGCAAUCUGGAUUAAUUGAAGACUUUAAUGAAUUUCAAAAUAACAAAGAACCUGUUCUAGAUGAGACAAUUUACAAAACUCCAGAAAAAAAGAAACCUGUAGAUAUAAAGAGAGAACUAACACCAUCCAUUAGUGAUCUUCAAUUACCAUCACAUAAUACUAAAGCAGAAAAUUUUAACGAGUCGACACCCAAAGUCAGUUAUAAAUCACCUUUUAAAAGUAUCGAUUAUGAUAUUUUAACAAGAACACCAAACUUAGAAUAUAGUCCAUUAAAAUUAUCUAGUUUAUCGUAUCAUUCACCAUCAAUUGCUAGAUAUAGCACUUUGGAUACAGACUUCUACUUAAGAAGAAGUCAAAACAGGGAACAAGGAUUACAGUUCUAUAAUACACAUAGUUAUAGCCCUACACGUUACUCUCCUACUCGUUACUCUCCUACUCGUUAUUCCAAGUUAAAUUAUUCUCCCAACAGAAGGCAGAAAAUGACUGAAGAUGAGUUUUUGGACAACGUUAUUGAUAUCCAGAGCAUUUGUCGUAGUGCAAAUCUAAGAUUUGAUUUAAAUAUUAAGAUGAGAUUAGCAAAACUUCAUGAGAAGGAAGUUAUAUUCUUCCAGUCUUUGGUAAGAGGAAAUGAAGCGAGAUCAAAAUUCAAUAAACCAUUCAAGAUGAAUUCAAGUGAAAUAAGUUUAUCUGAGUUAUCACACUUACAAGCAACUAUUAAAGGUAUCAUAUUGCGUGAAAAUAUUGAUAGAAAAAGGAUUCGUAUAUUAAGGCAAGAAAAAGAUAUAAUAGGACUACAAUCUAUGUGUCGUGCCUGCUUAGCAAGAGCGAAUGCUCAGGCUGAAUUAAUGGAUAUUAAUAAUGUAACGAAACCAUUAAUAAAGUUACAGGCCGUCAUAAAAGGUAUUCUUUUCAGACAAUUUUAUAAAACUUCAACAUUAUCCUCAUUGAUUGACAAGUCUGCUAUCACUCUUGUCCAAAGUGUAUAUAGAGGGAAUUUGAAAAGAGCUGAGAUUGCUAAAUUGAAUCAUCAUUUCAACUUGGAUUGUACAAAUUCAGUCUCUAGACUACAAGCCGUAUCCAAAGGAUAUCUGACUAGAAACAAGAUACUGAAUACUCAUAAACAAUGUUUGGAAAAUGAUGAAACAAUUUUAAAAUUAAGUACUUACCUAAGAGGUUCAAGAGCACGUAAGGAUUACCAAAUGUAUCAAAUUAAUGAAGAUUCUGAUGUCAUAAUCGCUCUACAAUCUAGCAUAAGAGGUGUUUUAGUCAGAUACACAUUAGAUUUGGUUGAUGAUGUAGUUGAAAAUAGCCAUAUAUCUGUUCUUCAAGCUAGGAUAAGGGCCAUAAUGAUUCGUUCUAGGUUGGAUAAGAGAAAAGCACAUUUUCUAGGAAAUACUAAAUCCAUAAUAAAAAUUCAAUCAUGGGUACGUUGUUUCAAUCAAAGAAUUGCAUAUAAAGAGCUCAUGAGUACUCCAAAUCCAAGUCUAUGGUCAGUUAGAAAAUUUGUUCACUUACUAAAUAAUAUUGGAAAUAUUGAAAACAUACAGAAUGAAUUAGAGAAAUCACAAGCCGAACUAGAUUCAGAAAAUAUGAGAAGAGAAAAAAUGGAAUCAGAACUAAGACAGCAAUUAGAUUUUUCAGAUAUCUUAGACAAAUAUAAAAUCGAAAAUAAUCUAGAACAGCAAAUGAGCAAUGUACAUGCCGCAAGUUCUAAAUACCCAGGUUAUGAGAAAUUGUUUUAUUUAUUACAAGUAGAUCCAACUUAUUGGAAGUUACUAUACAGAAAAGAUCCUCUUUUUACUGAAGAUAAUGUAUAUGUUACAUUUAGUAUUGUCAACCAAAGAAUGGGCGAGAGAGAAAAGGUCUGUUUUACAAGAUUCGUUGCUGAAUUGUUACAUCAAAAUAUGGUUGAUUCACACUCUAUUACAAACUUCAUGAACAAUAAUACCCAUUUUUGGCAGAAAUUGAUUAAAUUAUUUAUUCAAAGAGAGUAUCCCGACUUAAUUUCCCUCUUUUUACCAAUCUUGGAAUAUAUUAACGAUAGAAACAUUGAUUUUACAAGUGAUCCAUCUGUCAUCUAUAGAUUAAUCCAUGGGAUCGAAUGUACAGAUAGAUCUUCUGCAAUCGAAGAUGAUCAAACUAAAAUACAUUUCAUAGAAAACCUAAAGAAUGUUUGGCACGCUGUUGAGAUGAUUGCAGAAAUUUUUACAAGUAGGAUUGAAGCUAUUCCAGUGGAAAUAAGAUACUUAUGUUCAAAAAUAUUUACUUUCGCCGCUGAUCAAAAUUAUGAUCAAACAUCGUCAUUAAGAUGUAUAUCUAAAAUAGUUGUAGGAACCCUUGUUAAAGAGUAUUUGGUUAACAGAAGGUACUAUGGAUUUGUCGAUAAUAAUUAUUCGAAUAUUGAGGAAAAGAUUGCAAUAUUAAUGCAUUCUUUAGAGGCUGUCUUUGAAAUGCGUGAUUUUGAAGGGUACUAUGACCCAUUAAAUCAAUAUUCAGCAGAAAUUAAGCCAUAUUUAAAGGAUAUGCUAAUGCAAAUAAUGGUUGGACCAGAGUAUGAACAAGAAAGUGAAAGACUAAUAUAUGAAGAUAUGCUUUCGGUAAGACCUAGACUAGAGAUCUUAUCCGAAAAGGUAAUCCAAAUCACGAAUAAAUUUCAAGAGUAUUUGAAGUAUAUAGAACCAGAUGAUAUGAUAGUUGAUAUCCUGAAACAAUGCUCCGAUGAUAAAUCGAUUCCUCGUACUGGACGUGUUACUUUGGAAUUGAACCCUGCAUCAUACCGUUUUUUGCAGAAUGACGAUAAGAUGAAGAGAAUAUAUGACCAAGUCAAAAGGAUUUUUAUGUAUAUGAUGCAGGUUGAAGAUGUUGACACUAAUUUAUAUGACCUUGCAGUAAGUACUGUACUAGAUGAAGACGAGCCAAGCUUUUCCACUUUAUUGAAUGAUAAUCCAAGAAUUAAGGAGGAUCCAAUUUUAAAGAAACUAGAAUCUCCGCUAUAUUUUAGUUUGAAGAUGUUAGCACUAAGAAAUAUACAUGAAUUAGAAAAUAUAGGAAUGUUAAAUCCAGCAGAUAACCAAAUGCAAAGCAUUUUAAAUGACAUAGCAAACAACAUCAAAUUCCCAAUAUUUAUAACUCAAAGUGUUGAGGAAGAACUUGAUAUUACCAGAUAUACAGUUCAUGAGUUGGCCGCUAUUAACAAACAGUUAAAUUCGGAUGUGACUCUAUUAAAAAGGUCGAUAAAUAAUAUCAUUGAGAAGUUCAGAGUUUCUAAGGAUUAUACUGUUGUACAUAAAGGUGCAUUGGGAAACCUAAAAGAUGCUUAUAAAAAAGUCCAUAGUAAAGGAGGAGAUAAUAUUCAAGGUCUGAAGUUCAAAUGGUCGACAAAACAAUUAUAUGAAAAAGGUGUCGUAAAGAAUAUUGAAGGAGAAAAAUUGGGUGAACUAACUGUAAAAGUUUUUGGGUCAAGUGGUCCAAAGUUUCCAGAUAUUUAUUUCAAAAUAUUUACUUCUGAUGGCGGUAAAUUUGGUAUUCAAAUCUCAGAUAAGCGUAAGGGACCAUCCAAAAGAUAUUCCCAUCUAGUUGAUACUUUUGAUUUCUUUGAUUUGUUGAAUACCCAAGUUGGUAAAAAGGUUAGUACAUGGUACCUUUUCAAUGGUAAAAUUACUUUCUCCACUUCAAAACUUUUAGAACUUUUAUCAGCUAAUUUUUUCAAUAAGCAUAAUUAA